GAGGAAUGACUGCAUAGUCAUGGUCUGCUCCAGCUGUUACCUCACUAUCGAUUUCGUCGUCUUGGGUGUCGUCAGAGGAAGGGAUAGGAAAGGUUUCUAUGGUUUGAACUCGAAUUCUUUUGUAAACCGACUCUCGUGAAGUUUCUCCCCAGUUGUUCCACUUAAAUCGGGACGGGACAGCCCCUUUUCUGAGGCGCUUACGACCAGUAGCGGCAGUGUAAUUAGCGUCGGUAAAGUGCCGGCUACAACAAAUGUGCUGCCUCUAAGGAUCUUAAACAUUGGGCCUUCUACGCGUCGAAUAGCAUGCAUCCACUUCUUUGUCUGACAGUCGUCGCUUGGAAAAGCAUGAAAACUCAAAUAUGGUUGUCGCUGCUUAUUAUUUGUGCAAUGAGGGACGCUACAGUGACACCUCGAUGUUGCUUCAGCCAUUGUUGUUUCGACCGUUAGUCGCUUUACACAACAAACGCUGAACCGGAUGUGCGCUCUAACUUCCGUGAAAAAGGCCUAUUGUAGAAUUAAAACACGUUAUACCCCAAAAUGUUAAAAUUGACUAGAAUCAAUGAACAGCAGUAAUAAACCCCCAGUUUUACAGAUCAAUAACUAACAAAAAAGUUGUUUUAGGGUUUAGUUACCCUUUAAUAACUAAAAAUUAUCCACUUUUACUGAGAGAAGGGGUAGUAAUAAUAAUAAUAAUAAGUAAUUUAUCCACUUAUUUCUAAUUAAAUUCAUGAUUUUUAUGAAGUUCAGUCAGAACCUCCUCAGAGAAGGGAGAAAAUAUUGUUUUAUUUUUGGGUGAACCAUUCCUUCGAAACUUAACACAAUUUCCUUCAAAAUAUUGCUUUGACUUUAAUUUUAUGAAUAAAACAAACAACAAAUUAAAUAAUAUUUGCCAGAGUUUUUACAUGUACCUUCCUCUGUCUUCAGCAUGGCAACUCCAUCUCCAUCUCCAUCUCCAACUCCAACUCCAACUCCAACUGCAUUUUUGACUUGCAAGUGUGUUGCAACCAAGUUGAGCCAGCGAGCCCAGAGCUUCACCAAGGGACAGAAAAUAGAUAUUGGAAGAUUUAAAACACAGUGUUUGAGUGCCCUUUCUGACGGGUCAAAAACCUAUUUAAAUAAAAAAGAUGGCUUUACCCCGGAUUUUGAGGAGGGAGUGAGCUAUGUACUCCAAAAACACACUAUAUCAAAUGCAUAUGGACAGAUACAUUUGUUUGUGGGUCCUGGAACCCUGAAAUUCAAAACGGUUCCAAUGGAGAUCACAGAGGAGGCAAUGAUGCAGGCCAAACAUGCCCUGUGUCCGGCUUCCCCACUGAUGAGUGGGGAAGAACAGGACAUCUUCUCUCAGGGUGGAUACCUCAGCCUCCAGGGAAAGAUCAUAGAAUUGUGUGGCGCGAGGAUGACUAGAUCCAACGUCCCCAUUCUGGACAUGCGGCUCCAGUGUGGAGGAAAGGCCUUUGACGUGUCGCUGUGGAGGGAUGAGGCGCUGACGGACCUCUACGUGGGUGACGAGGUGGUGCUCACACACCUUCGUCCCUGCAUUUUUAAGAACGGCCAGAGGAAAUUCCAGUCCUCGGCCUACACGUCUGUGCAGAUCCCUGAGGGCCAGGUUGAGGAAACUGAGGUAGACAUCAUUGGUGUCUCUGAGGUCAACGACACCUGCACAUUCCUCAGCAGUGAGUCGGAGGCCAACAGAGGAGGAGAGCCCGACGGCGGCCCCGUGAGCGGUCCCAGGAUGGUCCGUCGAAGGUGGAGCAGACGCUGUUGGAGCUUCUGA